GUACAGCCACAUAUUAUUCAGCAACUUUUCGGCGCCUAUUCUGUGUUCAUUAACUUCUCUGGAGUCUGCCGCAGCUCAGCUUCUCGUCUUUCACCUUUAUCUCUUACCACAAUGAGUUCAAGCCAGUAUCCGGUUCCGCCACCAUCGUACCUGCCGUCAGGCUCGUCCAGCAAGCCUGCAUUUACUCCUCAGGACGAUGCCUCCUCGCCGUUGCUCGGUCGCUCCAGGUCUCCAGGGGGUGGGAUCUAUGACCAGCCCCGUCAGGGCGACCUUCCUGACGACUUCAAGUAUGGUGUCACUGUCUCCGAGAGCUCUGCGGAAGUUCGAAGUGCAUUCGUUCGCAAGGUUUACACCAUUCUCUUCUGCCAGAUUCUUGCCACUUGUCUUGUCGCAGGCGGAAUCUCCCAGUCAUUCUCGGCUAUAACUUGGGUUAUGGAGCACUCCUGGUCAUUCUAUGUUCCCCUCUUCGGUACCCUGAUCAACCUCGGAUUGCUGUACUGGAAGCGUCACAGCCAUCCCCUUAACCUGGUUUUGCUGUCCACCUUCACAAUAUUGGAAGCCUUUACACUCGGUGUCGUAACUGCGUUUGUUGAUAACAUCAUUGUUCUACAAGCACUGCUCAUCACGCUCGGUGUUUUCUUGGGAUUGACUCUGUUCACUUUCCAAUCGAAGUAUGACUUCUCCGGUCUCGCCCCUUGGCUCUUUGGUGGUCUCGUUGCCUUGCUCAUGACCGGCAUGGUUGGCAUAUUUAUCCCCUUCAGCAACACGAUGGACAUCGUGUAUGCGAUCGGUGGAUGCCUUAUCUUCAGCGGCUACAUCGUUUACGACACGUAUAUCAUCAACAAGCGUCUCUCGCCUGAUGAAUUCAUCAUGGGCUCGAUCAGUUUGUACCUCGACUUCAUCAACCUUUUCCUCAACAUCCUCCGACUCCUGAACGACCUUCAGGACCGGUAGAUUGUCUUAUUUCCAAAAGACGGGAGUGGUGUAUUUUAAGUGCUAGUUGGGUUAUUGGGCCAGUAUCUGUUAUUGAUGGACGUUCUAUGUAGUAUACGUAUGCGACUGAACAACAGAAUGAUAUGAAUUUGAUUCGUGUUUGAACUUGUCGUUGUUAGUGACGCACCCCCCUGAGCUUUUCAUCGCACCCUAGACCUGGGGAACUGUGCCUGUCACCACAUCACCCGU